AUGUUCAACCCAAAUCACAAUAAUCGAAAAAGUACCAUUGAAAAUAUAGCAGCAGCUACAAUAAAUACAAAUCAGAACAUAACAACAGCAGCAGGAUCCGUCAUGUUGGGCAAUCAAUCUACCUCCGAAACAAAUCCAGCAACUGGCGCCUCAAAUACCACAACCACCAAGAACACCACUGGUACAAUACCCAAAGAAAAAUCCUCAAAAGCAGCCAAAAAUCAACAACCACGAAAACCUCCGCCCACCAUUGAAACCUUUUGGCCCUCGAUCAUGCAAGAGGUCCAAAACACCACCAUCGAUGCCAAACACCAGGCGUUACCCUUGGCCCGCAUUAAGAAAAUCAUGAAAUUGGAUGAAAAUGCUCGUAUGAUUGCGGCGGAGGCGCCGUUGCUCUUUGCCAAGGCCUGUGAAUUUUUCAUACAAGAGCUAACAAUGCGCGCCUGGAUACACACAGAUGAAAGUAAACGGCGCACACUACAAAGAUCGGAUAUUGCUCAAGCCAUUGCAAAUUAUGACCAAUUUGAUUUUCUAAUAGACAUUGUGCCCAGGGAGGAUAUUAAGCCAUCUAAUCAUCAUCGGAAACAUCACAGUAACAGUGAAAGUAAUUCUGGUGGUCAUCAGAAUAAACCCUCCUCCUCAUCAGCACAAUCGGCGGCAUCACAUGGGGAAACGACGGCGACGACGUCGGACAUUCUAAAUGUUGCAGCUGCAGUUCCGGCAACUAUUAACACCGGUGGUGCAGACGUUUUAACCGCCAAUGCAGUGAUUCCCACAGCAACUGCAGUUGCUGGCACUGCAACAGUCACUAAUAAUCAACAACAACCCGCCCAAGUUUUAGCUACAACAACAACGCAUCCAACGCAACAGUUACAAAUUAUCCAUCAGCCCCAACCUGCAGCGCAAACACCUUUACAAUAUUUCAUAACACUUCCUGGGCAACAGCCGCAGUUGGUGCAUCAGUUACAGUUACAACAACAGCAACAAAUUCCCAAUUUACAACCGACAAGCUUAAAUGUGGUAGCAGCAGCUCAACAACCUCAACAAUUGAUAUUGACAGCAGCAAAUACAAAUCCGGCAGCUGGUGGUGGAGUGCCGCAUCAUCAACAACAACAGGCAGCCAUAUUCCAAAAUUUUGUACCACAACAUCAACAACCCACCCAGCAUCCCCAGCAACAGCAUCCGCAUCAACAACAGGUACAGCUGUUGCAGCAAGUGAUGGUAACGCCCACAGGAGAAAUUGCAAAUAUGCCGAUUACCAUAAAUGCAAAUCAAUUACAAUUUCUACGACAACCCCAAACACAACAUCAUCAACAACAAGCACAUCAGCAUCAGGCCCAGCAGCAACAACAACAACAGCACCAACAAACAACAACACAGACAGCAGCUCCACCCGUUUUAAUACCAUAUCAUAAUUUUUAA